AUGCUUCGACAAAGUUACAAAGAUAAAGUGCAAGAAACAAUUGGUAAGUGUGAAACUGAUACUGGAACAAGGAAAUACCUAGAGCUUUCUCUUAUACGAGCUGGGGAUACACGGUGGGGUUCUCAUUACAAAACCAUUUUGAGCUUGAUUGCUUUGUUUCCGAAUGUUGUUGAAGUGCUUCGGUAUGUUGAAGAGGACGGGGAUAAUGGUUUUAGUCGCACUCAAGCAACUGAUAUUUUACCAUAUUUGAAGACAUUUGAUUUUGUGAUUUAUUUGCAUUUGAUGUUUCAUAUUUUAGCGGUCACAUACUUGUUGUCACGGGCUCUUCAAAAAAAGGAUCAAGAUAUUUUGGAAACGGUUUCAUUGAUAAGAGGAACCAAACAACUAGUGCAACAAUUUAGAGAAACUGGUUUUGAUCCACUUUUGAAGAAAAUGUAUUCUUUUUGUGAAGCAAAUGGUAUUAAAGCUUUGGAUAUGGAAGACCGUUAUUCAAAAAACGGAAGACAAAGGACCAACAUCACCAAUCGUCAUUAUUACAAGUUUGAUAUUUUCAACAAUGUUGUGGACAUGCAAAUUCAAGAGUUUGAGGAUCGAUUUAGUGAGGUAAGUACUGAAUUGCUUAAAAAUAUAGCAGCUUUGAGUCUAUGCGAUUCAUUUUCGCAGUUUAAUGUAUCAGAUUUAUUGAAGUUGAGUGAGUUGUAUCCUCAAGAUUUUAGUCAUAUGGAAAGGAUCGCUCUUGAGAAACAACUUAACAUGUACUAUUUGAUUGUGCGUCAAGAUGAAAGAUUUGCCGAUUUGAGUGGUAUUGCCGAGCUCGCUAGAUUGCUAGUGGAAACAAAAAAACAUAAAACUUAUCCUCUAGUAUAUCGGUUAUUGAAGUUGGCUUUGGUUUUGCCAGUUGCUACCGCAACAGUCGAAAGAUGUUUUUAUGCUAUGAAGAUUGUGAAGUCAAAUUUGCGCAACAAAAUCGGUGAUGAAUUUUUGAAUGCUGCAAUGAUAUGUACUAUAGAAAAAGAAGAACUUUAA